AUGGAACCAAUGAAGCCGAACAUCCCACCAUUAAAGAUCGCCAAGUCGAAUCCGAAUCUAUCUGUGUCGACCACAGUAACGGACUACGACAAUUAUACGACGGGUCGUUUUUAUUCGAAUAACGGCCUGACUGAAAUAACUCCGCCAUUAACGCCUCAAGGAACUCAGUCAACAAAUAUGGAACAAUCCGAACCCCCCGCCGAAGCUCCUCGGGCGGUUUUUCACAACUAUCUACGCGCUUUCUACCCUUUUCAUCCGGCCGGCAAUGUCUCGCCAUCGACCGUUACCCUUCCCUUGGACCAGGGAGACAUCAUCCUGGUUCACUCCGUUCACACUAAUGGCUGGGCCGACGGUACCUUAUUGGAUUCUGGAAAUCGAGGCUGGCUACCGACAAAUUACUGCGAAGCAUAUGAUCAACUACCGAUGCGUCCUCUGUUGAAGGCGCUUACAGAUUUUUGGGAUAUCAUUCGAGGAGGAUGCGGGUCAUCGUUAAAGGAUUUUGGAAAUCAGGAUUUGAUGCGAGGCCCCAUUGCUGGUGUUCGGUUCCUUCUGGAGAAGUCCGAGUGCUUGACCCGGGAAUCCCCGCUUGUAAAGAAAUAUGAUGGCCUGCGAAGAAUUCGUAAAGCUUUGCUAUCGGACCUUUCAUCACUCGUAAAGUCUGCGAAACGCUUCCAAGAAGUUGCUAAUGGUAUCCCCUCGGACGAUGAGGUAGAGGGUAUAUUGGAUGAUAUGUUACUCAAGGCUUUCAAGAUCGUGACUCGCGGUGUUCGUUUUCUCGAUGUAUGGAAUGAGGAGGUUGGAUUGAGCCGCACCAUCGCUGAGCUGGAAUCUGCUGGCGAUAACAGCAGCCAAUACGAAAUGCCACCCACACCAUCAUCAGAGACCUUCACUGAGGCUGAAACUGCCCCGAUUUCCGAGACUUGCACCGAAAGGAACGAGUCUCGACAGAUGACGCGCAGUCGAAUGAACGCCAGUCGCACAUCGACGCGCACCGAGAUGCUCGAUCAACCACCUCGCCCUGUAUCUGUUUCUACUAAGCGUAUCUCUGUCUCUCACCGAGUAUCAUAUUCGUGUGCUUCGGCAGCUAUGCAUAACCAGAACCUCGCGUCAGAGAGAUUGGGAACCACAUACGAUGCCUUCCUCGGAGUACUUGGAUCUUUUAUUGGCCUGCAUAUGCAAUCCCGAUCCUCCACCGAAUUGGUUGUAACUACUCAGCAAGCAGUACAAUCUUGUCGCUCUUUGUUGGAUGUAGUUGAGGCUGUCUGUGAGCAUGACACUCAACGUAGUGUCUUACUUGAGGAUGCCCGUGACUCAAUGUGUGAAAAAUUAUCGGAGUUGGUUCAUGCUGCUCGCGAUGUUUUCCGACCAGCUAGUUGCCAGGACGAUGAUUUGGUUUUCAUGCCUGAUCAGGGCAAGCGUCUGGUAGAUGCUGCCACCGAUUGUGUACGGGCUGCAGGCAACUGCCUGGCUAAGGCUCGUAUGGUGCUGGAGCAAAUUGGAGACAUUGAGCUUGAGCCCUUAACGGAAGAAAGCAACUCCAACUCCGACGUGCCUGGUAUUGUGACUUCCCAACCUGAUACCCCCGCGGAGUCGGAGAAACCGCAAGAGCUCUCACUGCGACUUCCUCCCCCACCACUCACAAUUCCAAACUCGACUUACUCUCCUUCCACCCCUGGCCUCACUGAUUCCACCACUCCUUCAUCUUUUCAAUCCCACCUUGCCUCUUCCAACAAUUCCGCCCAUCCUUCUUUCAUUUCUUCUACCUCAACAUCCGCAACCCCCGCCUCCAGCUUCGAACAAAUGUCCUCCUUUUCUUCAUACGACAGCAGCUACCUCGAAAGUCAACCCAAGUCCGACGUGAGUGAAUCCUUCGGCCGCGGUGUCACAAGUACGGGUAGCAGCUUUACCUACAACAGCCACACUCGCGACUCCGAAAUGAGCGGUGUCUCUCAGACUUCGACUAGGGCCACCUCACCUGACAUUGGUAGCAGCUUCCAAGUUCCAUCCCUCAAGGAGAGUGUCAGCCACUCGACCUUGGCCGAGGAGAAUGAGGAAACUGAGGCUCAUAUCCUCGAAAAGACCUAUGCUCAUGAGCUGGUCUACAAGGAGGGUCAAGUUAUGGGUGGCAGCCUUCGUGCAUUGAUUGAGAAGCUCACAGCUCAUCAAUCAACCCCCGACGCCAUGUUCGUUUCGACCUUCUACCUCACAUUCCGCCUCUUUGCCACACCUAUCGAGUUUGCUGAGGCACUUGCUGAACGUUUCGAGUACAUCGGAGAUACCCCGCAUGCAUCGGGUCCAGUUCGCUUACGUGUUUACAAUGUGUACAAGGGUUGGCUCGAAUCUCACUGGCGACAUGACCGAGACAACACCGCCUUGGAGUUUAUUGUGGACUUCGCCAAGACCCGCCUGGCUUCCGUAUUGCCGACCGCAGGAAAGCGUCUUCUCGACUUAGCUGAAAAGGUUUCUGCUGUGCACGGCCCCGUUGUUCCUCGCCUCGUCUCCUCGAUGGGCAAGACCAACACGUCCGUUGCUCAAUACAUCCACCCCGAUACUCCUCUGCCUCCUCCUGUCCUUGGCAAGAAAGAAAUCAACUUGCUCAAGCAAUGGAAAAAUGGCGAGUCCUCGAUUACUAUUCUGGACUUUGACCCGUUGGAGCUAGCUCGACAACUCACUAUCAAGGAGUCGCGCAUCUUCUGCUCUAUUCUCCCCGAGGAACUCCUUGACACCGAAUGGACUCGGAAGUCAGGCUCAUUGGCUGUCAACGUUCGCGCUAUGUCAACUCUGUCAACAGACCUUGCUCACUUGGUGGCUGACUCUAUCCUCUGCCUCGAAGAGCCCAAGAAGCGUGCUGUCACCAUCAAGCACUGGGUUAAGAUCGCUAACAAGUGCCUGGAGCUGAACAACUAUGAUUCACUUAUGGCCAUCAUCUGCUCUUUGAACUUGUCAAUGAUCUCCCGACUGAAGCGCACCUGGGACAUCGUAUCUCAGAAGACAAAGACCACUCUGGAGAAUCUUCGUACUAUUGUCGAUGUUUCUCGUAAUUACGCGGUGCUUCGACAGCGUCUGCAGAACCACGUCCCACCGUGUUUGCCUUUUGUUGGAACCUACCUGACUGAUCUUACUUUUGUGGAUCACGGUAACCAGUCUCUCCGGUCGCUUCCGACCGACGAGGGCGAGACAGCUGUGAUCAACUUUGACAAGCAUAUGAAAACUGCUCGAAUCAUCAGUGAGCUCCAGCGCUUUCAGAUCCCCUACCGCCUCACUGAGAUCCCUGAGCUCCAGACUUGGAUGCAAAAUGAGCUUGUGCGCGUCCGCUCCAACGGAGAAACCACCGCCCAGACCUUCUACCGUCGGUCUCUGGUUCUCGAGCCACGAGAAUGUCGCAGCAACGUGCCACCUCCAACUCCAUGCGAGCCCACUUCCUCCAACCCUCCUACUAUGCUUGAAAAUGCCAAGGACAAGCUUGACUUGUUCUCCUGGACACAUCCUUCUAAGCCCAAGUCCGUCGCGACCAAUGGCUAA